AGUGAAACUAUUUAUGAGAAAGAAAAGAAAAGUGGUCUCCAACCGAUAUCAACACACAUAAAGAAAAGUCCCUCUCUCGCUCUCUCUCUCUCUCUCAACACACAUAAAGAAACUCUCUCUCUCUCUCUCCUUCAUAUAUGCGUCCACUUACACAAUUCCACUUCAGGGCUCAAAGAAACAACCCUUGACCCUCCCCAAUCACUUGCCACUUUGAGUUUGAGCCCCCUCUCUAAAAUUGCACCCCACACACACACACACACACACACACUCUCUCUCUCUCUCUCUAAAUGGCGUCCCCGCCAGACACGAGUAAGAAUCCAAAGCUGGAACGCUACAACAGCUACAUCCGGAGAGUCAACAGCACAAAGCUCUUAGCCGCUUCCUCCAAAUUACUCUUCCGUGUCACCCUACUAGUAGCACUCGUCCUCAUACUAUUCUUCACCCUGAACUACCCUCCUAUCUCCGAUCAAAUUACCAACAAGGACAACCACCACCGCCACAUCCACACCACCCAGACCCUCCUCUCCUCCGCCUUCUACGGCAGCGGCGCCUCCUGGGAAAAACAAGUCCGCCACUCCUCCACCCCCCGCCGCCCCAACGGCUUCUCCAUCCUCGUCACCGGCGCCGCCGGCUUCGUCGGGACCCACUGCUCCCUCGCCCUCAAGAAGCGCGGCGACGGCGUUCUCGGCCUCGACAAUUUCAAUUCUUACUACGACCCUUCCUUGAAGAGAGCGCGCCAGCAGUUGCUGAAGCAGCACGAGAUCUUCAUCGUCGAGGGGGAUCUAAACGACUCCGAAUUACUCGCCAAGCUGUUCGACAUUGUGCCCUUCACCCACGUGCUCCACCUGGCGGCUCAAGCCGGCGUCCGCUACGCCAUGGAGAAUCCCCAGUCCUACGUCAGCUCGAACAUAGCCGGCUUCGUAAGCCUGCUAGAAGUGGCCAAAGCCGCGGUGCCUCAGCCGUCGAUCGUGUGGGCCUCGUCGAGCUCCGUCUACGGGCUCAAUACCCAAAACCCAUUUUCGGAAUCCCAUCGUACGGACCAACCGGCUAGCCUGUACGCAGCUACAAAGAAAGCGGGCGAGGAAAUCGCCCACACUUAUAACCACAUUUACGGGCUUUCCUUCACGGGUCUCCGCUUCUUCACGGUUUACGGCCCCUGGGGAAGGCCCGAUAUGGCCUAUUUCUUCUUCACCAAGGAUAUUCUCCAAGGGAAACCGAUUAACAUUUAUCAGACGCAGGACGGGAAAGCGGUGGCGCGUGACUUCACGUACAUCGACGAUGUGGUGAAAGGGUGCGUGGGAGCCCUCGACACGGCUGCGAAGAGCACCGGCAGUGGUGGCAAGAAGCGGGCUCCGGCGCAGCUGAGGGUCUACAACUUGGGAAACACGGCGCCCGUGCCGGUGGAGAAACUGGUGGGGAUAUUGGAGGGUUUGUUGGGAGUGAAGGCCAAGAAGCACGUGAUCAAGAUGCCGCGAAACGGCGACGUACCGUUCACCCACGCCAACGUGAGCCUUGCGUACAGGGACUUCGGGUACAAGCCCACCACGGAUUUGGCCACCGGGUUGAGGAAGUUCGUCAAGUGGUAUGUCAGUUAUUACGGUAUCGGGUCGAGGGUAAAAAAGGAAAUCGAAAGCAAAACUGACAACAAUGAGUGAACAUUAUCAUCAUCCACAUCAUUCCAAGACAUCAUCACAUGGGUAUUUGUUUUUUUUGGUUUUAUAAUUUUUUUUACCACUUUUUUUAUAAAAAAAAAAAAAAACUUUUCUUUUGGGGGUUAAGUUAUUGUUGUGGGUCCGCAGGUUGUAUUUUGGAUCAUCAAAAAUUGAUGUUGUUGAUGUUAUAUUAUUAUUAUACAUGUAGAUUUUGAUAUACACCAUAAAGAAGAGGAGGGAGGGCAAGUGUAGAUCUUUGAGAUGGGGGGUUGGUGUAAUAAUGUAAUCUUUUGGGUGUAACAUAUAAGGUCUGAGGUUCAGCCCAAUAAAAAGGGUGCAGAUCAACCGUUGGAUUUGUAAUCAAGGUUUGUGAUUUAAGCAAUGGACAGCAAUGAUGUCAUAAA